AUGUACGGCGAUCUAGGUAACAAGCUGGUGCAACAUGCCAAACGAACUCAAAACCUCGCGCAUUUACCAGCCUAUCAAGCCGAGAUGGUACGAGCUGUUACGCGCGAAGUCAGAGACCUUGAUAGAGACGUGACGGAGUUACUGGAGCCUUUCCAGGGCUCCUUCGACCCGUCUGCAGACCAAGCAACGGCGUGUACGGUGCUUGUCAACUACCUUUCGAUGCGAAGAAACAAGCGGUGUCUUCUCGCCUACCAUCGAACACGAAGCGACAAACUGGAGGAGCUUGCAUGGAGAGGCAUAGACGUUCUCGAUUUGUCCGGACAGCAGGUGCGAGGCAAUGCAGGAUCAUCGACAGGAGGGCUUAAUGGGAACGCCGAUGGCCCCACAAGCAGUCUCAGUCCGCAGGAGGAGGAAUACGCGAGGCAAUACGGCGAUCUUCUGGCAGCCUACAAAGGCCAAUGGACGGAUAUCGACUUGACCGGCAGCUUGGAGCCACCACGAGACCUCUUUAUCGACGUGAGGGUUUUGAAGGAUGCGGGGGAGAUACAGACCGAGUACGGCGCCAUCAACUUGACCAAGAACAGCCAGUUCUACGUGAGGCAGGGAGACGUGGAGCGGCUUAUAGCACAGGGCUAUCUUCAAAAGCUCAGCUGA